CCCUAUCAUUUUGAAGAUUAUUUGUUCAAUUUAUCCUGCCGUAGAUAAUACGGAUUCUAGUUAUCUUUAUUUAACUUAUUGACGAAAGUCGAUUGACGAGGCAGCACAUUGGGUCGAUUGAUUCGCGUGUCUUGAAGUUUCAUAAUUGCAUUGACCACCAUCAUGAUGUCUCUGAAAUUGAGUCGGGCUCUCCAAAAUCUAACAAGAGGAUUGGCCAAGCGAUCGUAUUAUAGUCGAGGAGGACCGGAAGUCAAAGUCUCCGAUGAGGAACUAUUCAUUCAUAAGGACGAGGUAGUGCGGUUCAUGCGUUCUUGCAUGGAGGUUAAAGGCUGUCCUCCACACCAUUCCGAAAGAUUGGCCUUGAAUCUAGUGGAAGCUGACUAUCGCGGCCAUUUCUCCCAUGGGCUCAAUCGCUUGGCCAUGUACAUCCGAGACAUUCAAUCUGGAAAUUGUUUUCCCUCAGCUACUCCGGAAAUUGUCAAAGAAAGUGUUUCGACUGCAUUAGUGGAUGGUAGAAAUGGCUUAGGUGUGGUUGUGGGAGAGUUCAGUAUGAAAUUGGCUAUCGAGAAAGCAAAAAUGGCCGGCGUGGGUUGGGUGUCUGCCCGAGGCUCAAAUCACUUCGGCAUUUGCCAAUGGUACACGACUAUGGCCCUAAACGAGGGCAUGCUUGGGAUUUCGUGCACAAACACGUCGCCGUUGGUCACCCCAACCCGGGGGAAAGUGCCAGUAUUUGGAUCGAACCCGUUUUCCGUGGCCUUGCCCGGACUCAACGGGGACAACUUCAUGUUAGACAUGUCCACAUCCUCGGUGGCUGGUGGGAAGAUUGAGAUCCAAUAUCGGCGAGGGGAGCCCUUACCUUCAACGAGCUGGGUCCUUGGAGCGGACGGGCUCCCAACCACUGAUGCUUACGAAGCUAUAUACAAGGGUUCAGGGUUGAUGCCCUUGGGCGGGUCCGAAAUUAACUCCGGCUAUAAGGGAUACGCUUUGGGCAUGGUGGUUGAGAUUCUUUGCGGCAUGCUUUCCGGCUCGCAAUACGGCCCCAAGAUCAGGAAGUGGACCGACCACAAUGUGCCAGCUAAUUUGGGUCAAUGCUUCAUAGCAGUCAAUUUGGACGAAUUUGCUCCUGGCGUCACCGAACGAGUACAGAAUCUGAUGGACCAUUUACGACAAAUGACUCCUGUGGAUCCCAAGAAGCCAGUUUUAGUUCCUGGUGACCCUGAACGUGCAGCUGUGGCAUUAGUGGACGGGGAACAACAAGGGGGCAUAAUUUAUACGCCAGAUCACAUUAUUAGUUACCGCAAGCUGGCACAGGAGCUGGGCGUGGAGCCGAUGAAAGCCUUUCGAAAAAAAUGAUCGACACAUGUGGUUUUACGCUAUCACAUUUCUUCCUAUUUCGCAAAAUAUUGUGUUCCAUUUUGUUCAAGAUUGUGAGUUACAUUUUGUUUCAGAUUCUGAAUGAAUAUAAGCUUGCCUUUUAUUAAACCAAAA